AUGGUCGGCUGGGACGCAAAGGGAACUUACCGUGUGCAGCGUGGAGCUUCGUUGAUGGCUGCUUCUAGUUCUGGACCCUCGGGUAACCGCACCAACAGUUCCCCGAACGAGUUUUUUCAGUUCAAAUACAACUUCCAGCCCGAAUCUGUGGACAAGUCCCGGCCUGGAGGAUUGGUCGGGAACGGCGAGACCUUUGAACUGGAAUUCGCCGGCAGCAGUGGCGGAUCCUCGACAGCGGCAUCGGCAUCGGCAUCGGAUCAGAUCCAUAAUGGCCCCGUGGCCGUGAUCAAUGGAGCUGGAGAACCGGAAGCAUAA